CAUAUAGAUGGGACGGAUUUAUUCGCUUGUCACCAGGGUUACACUUCCUUUGCGGAGAGAUUUCCACGAAAAGGACUAACCUAGUUACUGCUGCAAGCUUUCGUGCAUGAGUAAGAGGCAUACGUCUGCCCUGUAGCUCGGAUAUUGCGCCUAGGCAUCUAGAAAUGCAGCCAACAAUAGCAGCAAAAUACACAGCUCUGUGCUUCCUUAUAUUUCUGCCAGCAGCAUUAUCCGGAUAUGUGAAGGGCGAGAAAGGCAGAAUAUCGUUGCCAGUGGAAUGCCACCCACAUUGCGUUGUUGGUAAACAAGGAGCGUGCUUUAUUCCUGAGAACAAUCAAUGCCAGUGCAACUGCGUUGAAAAUGUAAAUCACUGCGAGGUUGUACGACGACUUCAUCAUUGCCCCAACGACCAGAUUCACCUAUGUAAUAAUAGGCGUGACGUAUGCGAGUGCAGUUGUGUACCUACGGGGUUGUGGUGAGCUCAAGGAACAUUGAGGACCUAAUCGCUCGACAGCUUCUAUGCAAAAUGAAAAGAACUGUGUACGCAGAUGUACAUGAAAUAAAUAUCUCGAAAUAA